UAAGGAGUCCUCCGGUCCUUAAUUGAAGCCUGGCGCAUCCGCAGCUCCUCUCACUCGUUUCUAUACACACUAUUUCUAACGCUGUCUCCAUGCGUUUGCUUGUGCCUGCCUUCCUGCCCCUCGCCGCGCUCGCUGCACGGAUCGUGCAAUCGAAUGACGAUGGAUGGGCCGAAAUCAACAUUAGAGUUCUCUACAAAGUCCUCGCUGACGCGGGUAACGAUGUGAUUCUUUCUGGGCCCGCGGAGAAUCAAUCGGGCAGAGGAUCUUUAGACUCACCACCAACCAACCGAACUUCACCAUGCGAAUUCAACAGCUGUCAAGCCGGCAGCGCAACUGGCUUCAAUGCAACGAAUCCGCGGCUGAACUGGGUCAACUCGUUCCCGGUUACUUCAAUAAAGCACGGCAUCGAUAACGUCGCACCUCAAUUCUUCGGUGAUUCGAAGCCUGAUAUUGCUGUCACUGGCCCGAACGUGGGGUCCAAUCUAGGCUUGAUCAACUCGUUCUCUGGAACAGUGGGAGCAGCUUCAUACGCUGCUGGCACUGCAUCGAUUCCGGCUAUCGCGUUCUCAGGAAAAUCUGGAGAACAGACUGGCUUCGAUCAGCCAACUCCGCUUUACACCAGCGUGUACGCCGACCUGGCCCUCAAUUUGACUUCAACCAUGAUCGCAUCGGGUACUCCUCUGCUGCCGACCGGGGUUUUCUUGAAUGUCAACUUCCCCGAUGUCUCGGCGAGCACUUGUAGCAGUGCUAGCGAUUUCAAGUUUGUUUUCAGUCGAAUCCACACGAAUAUCCUGCCCGCCUCAAUAGACCCCGACGUCUACACGUGCGGAAACGGCAAAAGACUUCCCACUGAAAGCAAGGUGGUAGGGACAGCGGGCUGCUACGUGAGUGUAAGCCCUGGGAAGGCAUCAGACAAGUCCACUGUCGAUGCUGCGACUCAGGCGAUCGUGCUAGACAAGCUCAAGGGGAUUCUAUCUUGUCUACCAGUUUGAAGUUGGUUACUCUGGUAGCAACUUACGUCAAUACUAAGCCACU